AGAAGGGGUCACAGAUGCAGAAACUCUCACUAUUUUCCCUGUUUUCUCAGACUUUUUCCAUUUAAUGAAUUUGUAACAUGGACGAAAGCUGAGUGCUGCCUUUAUGUGAGCUUCUUUUGAACUGAAGAGUAUUGUAGGAGCAAGGAAAAUUUUCAGGUUUUCCCAGGAAAGUACUUUCUUACUGUUCUCAUUGUAUAAUCUGCUGUAUAAGUUAUAAAUCAAAUCUGUCGUCAUUUAAAGGUAAUUUUCGGUUUCAGAAUGAAUUUAAAGUCUUAGAAAACUGCACAACUACCAACUUUCCAUUCCAAGUUUUAAUGUGUGCUUUAAGCAGCGUGCUUGGUACUUUUGACAAACAAUGCUUUCACAGGUACAUCACAUGGUUUAAGGUUUUCUAUCAUAUCUUCCUCUGUGUCUCAUUUCCCACUCUGCAUUGCCUGUUGCCACGAGGUGUAUCUUGUAUUUUGUUGACACAAGCAAAUACAGUAUUGCUUUUUUGCCUUGCUAUCUAUUUUAGACAUGAGGUUGUAUAUGGAGGUAGCACUUUCUACAGUAAGGAAUUCUUGGGCACUUUUCCUAAGAGAGAGCUGAAGCCUCCUCAUGCUUAGCUGCAGUACUACCAUAUUCCAGUAAACAUUAUUAUAAUGAAGUGACAAUAUUUUCUUUCUCUUCCUGUCUGACCAGAAAAGUCAGGUAUCCAAGCUGAAGGCAUUAGCAGGCUCUUUCUCAUGCUCAUGUCUAUAUAUGAAUUCAGUUCCACCCUCUGGUUUGUUUAGAACUCUAUACCUUUCAGUAUGCUUUUGCCUUACAAAGUGGUGGAAAACUUUGUUGGGAAUUGUUUUACACAAGUCAUACAUCACCCAGGCAGAUAUUCAGAAUAGUGAUUCUAAACAAGCCAUAGAAAAAAAUGUGCCUCAGAGACUGCUGACCUCAGACCCUGCAGAAACCUGCUGUAUCAGAGCUGUGAUGGCCAGUCACCAAGCAGAAGUUCAGAGUUUGAAGCUAGAUAAUGAUUCAGUUAUAGAAGGAGUAAGUGACCAGGUACUGGUGGCAGUUGUGCUCAGUUUCACUUUCAUUGCUGCUCUGGUAUAUACGCUUUUAAGAAAUGAACAUCAGAACAUACAUCCAGAAAAUCAAGAGCUAGUGCGAGCUCUUCGUCAGCAGCUUCAAACUGAUCAGCAGGAUGCUUCUGCUGGUGAUCGGCAUCGCUUCUAUACAGAUAUGUCGUGUCCAGUCUGUUUGCAACAGGCUACAUUUCCUAUAGAAACAAACUGUGGACAUCUCUUCUGUGGUUCCUGCAUUAUUGCCUACUGGAGGUAUGGCUCAUGGCUGGGUGCCAUCCGCUGUCCGAUCUGCAGACAGACGGUAACACUAUUCUUACCACUCUUUGGUGAAGAUCAGCAGGGUGCAGCCCAAGUGUUUCAAGAUGUUAAUGAUUACAAUAGAAGAUUUUCAGGACAGCCCAGAUCGAUUAUGGAAAGAAUUAUGGAUCUCCCCACUUUAUUGCGACAUGCUUUCAGGGAGAUGUUUUCUGUAGGGGGUCUCUUCUGGAUGUUUCGCAUCAGGAUAUUCCUCUGCUUGAUUGGAGCCUUGCUGUACCUGGCUUCACCUCUGGAUUUUCUUCCUGAAGCUCUGUUUGGAAUUCUGGGGUUCUUGGAUGAUUUCUUUGUCAUUUUUCUGCUGCUGAUAUAUAUCUCUAUCAUGUACAGAGAAGUGGUAACACAGCGUCUAAAUAGAUGAAAUGGACAAAAGUGACCUAAAAGCAGAGUCAGUUGUGGAAUGUUUUAAAAAGAAAACUAUAACGUAAGUAUGAUAUAGCAAGGUGCCUGUGUAUGAGUAGUAACAAUUUCUUAGCUAGUUAUGUUAUACAAACUUAAAAGGUUAGUAUAUGGUGAUGCUUAACUGGAAUCUUUAAUUUGUGCAUUACAUAUGCUUCAUAAGGAUGAGGUUAGUUUUAUAAUGUUGUAAUAAACCACCUUCAUCCACUUCCACCUGAAGAACAACUGUGUGUAAUGAAAGCAGGAAACACUUUCUUUGGUGUGUUGUGGUUUGUGAAAAAGGAGUUUGUAGCAAAGUGCUUCAAACAAUAAGCCCUUUGUGUAAUCUAGAUAUGUAAGAAAAUUCAGAAAUUCUUCACAGUACAGUUAUCAUGGUUAAAUUGUUUGAUGUCUCCCUGUUGUGGACUAGAGUUUUUUGAAAUAAAAAUUGCUUUUUUUGUCUCUGUGGAAGAAGAAACCCAAGGACUGCAUUACAAUUAUCACCCUGCAGUUUGCUGUUGUCCACGUGCUUCAGAAAAAUAAGGAUAAUACCUUGGUAUUGCUUGAACUGCACUAUGUACAGUUGCAUGCAAUUUGUACCAUUUUAUUUUUAUAUUUGGGAAUAUAUACACAGUAUCUGCUCUACAUUGAGAAACCAGUAUUAUGCAUGUCUCACUCGUUAGUGCUCUAUUUUUUUAAGUGAGAGCAUGGUUUUUCUCUUCAAACUUUUUUAUUUGGUAAGUAUAUAUCUUAGAAGCAGAGAUUUUGUGCUGCUUUGGGUCAAUGCAAUAUGUCUGAAAUGCAACUUCGCAUUUCUGUAUAUGCAUUAAAACAUUCAGUUGGAGAGGAAACUCAAAUUCCAAGCAGCAAUUGAAAAAAAGAAAUCAGAACUGGAUGUUUACAGUACAUGUGCAUGUACUUGUAUGUGUACAGUGUAGAUGUUUACCCAAGUGUACAUUCUGCAAUAUAUGUGUACUAAACAACAUAGAUAUUGGGAUGAUUUUCAGUUGGAGUUUUCUUGUUUGGUUGGUUGUUUGAUUUGGAUGUUAAUAGAAGAGGUUCUGAAUUACCUUGAAAAAUAGUCUGUGAUAAAGGACCAUAAAAAAAAUCUUGACACUGUUUUCAAAAAUACCAGGGUAUCCUUAAAGCUGAUUUUUUUUCUUCAUGUUGAAUUUGAGCAUAGGCUAUCAUAGCUAUACAAGUAAUUUCAAAAUGCUUUCAUUUUGAGCAACGAUUGCGACUAUAAAGGUCCAGGAUAUGACAGAUCAUUGUAUUUUUUAGCUACAGGAAUGAUAAUUGCAAUUUAACUUCCUGAGUACUUGAAAGACAGUGAAUUAAUAGGUGAUUCUUUGUGUGUUUACAUAUAUAAGUGAGACUUAAAAUGAAAGGGACCUUUUCACCACUUCUGUGUUUUCCCCUCGCAGGUGUCUUUCCACAGCUUCUAGCACUUAGGCAUGUGCAGGAAGAUGAUAGAGCUGAAACCUCAGGUGUCAGUCACUGAGGGCGCAGAUUGUCCUCCAGUGUCAGUGUUCUAAAUGACAUUCAUUUAAAACUAAAUUCACCGAUUCUUCAUUUGAAAAGUUAGUUUUGGAAAUCCAAGGACAUUUUACAAAUGAACUGGAAAGCUAAACUCUUCUUUGUUGCUGUUUGUUAGAGAUGGGCAAGAAGAGAAAAGGGAAGUGAAGCAAGGUUUGGAGGGAAAGAGUGAGAGAGAAAAUUACAUUUUUGGAAGCAAAUGCUAGCUAACUUUUCUUGAGCAUCUUAGCUGAGCUUUUCACCUUGUGUUGGCAUUGGUAUGUAUGGUGAUGUUUAGUGGCUACCUCAGUUAAAACUCUUUAAGGUGUUAUUGAGUAAGAUAUUCAUAAGCUGUUAAGUGCAUUUACAAAGCAAGAUGGUAGUUUAGGAUAUUACCUAAGACAGGAUUUCACAGUUUUGCUGUAAGUAUUGUUUUUGGUUUUGGGGUUUUCUUUCUCAAGAAAUCUAGCUGAAAAAAAAAACCCAAAAAAUCUUUUUUGAUUGAGUAAAUUUAACACCCUCUUUUCUUCUGGAGUUUAAGUUGUAUGUCUGCUUAGAGAAGAGUGUGAACUGCUCUUGUAGAGAAAUUGGAGUUUGUUCAUGGAAUUUGUUGAUCUAGUACUUCAUCCAUACUUUUACCCUAUGAUUAUAAAUUUCCCAUGACUCUCUAAAUCUAGAGUGGAUAUAGAUGCACAUGAAGCUGCUUACUGUUUGGUUUUCUUUGAAUUUCCCAAAUCCAUGCACUACUGUGAAGUUCAUGUGGAAAUUCCCUAUCCCAUCUAAGGGGAUCCUGUAUAUCUGAAAUCAUACACAAACCACAUCUGAAAAACUAUAUGAAGUUUCCCCAUGUUCUUUUUCUUCAGUACAGAAGGGUUUCACUCAGAGGCUUCUGCUUACUUUUGAGUAUUGAGUAACAUUGUAAUCUUAAAUUCAGCACAUUAAAUGCUUGACAGAAUUAGAACUGUUCUUUUCAGCAAUAUGCGUGCUUGCCUGUGGAUAUUCUUUUUGGGUCCUGCAAGCCAAUGAUAAACAGUAUUAUGACUUGUUCAGGCCUUUUUGUGUAAUGCAAAGAUGCAUCUGUCCUGCAAUGUCUGGCCGCUGCUCCUUUCCACAAAUCUGAAAUAGCUAUAAGUUAACUAUCUUGGGCACUUAUCUUGAGCUUAACUUAAGCUCUAGAACUCCCAAGAAGCUGGAGAUUAAAAUAUGAGCAUGUUGUAUUCCUGAACUGUGUGCUGCCAAGUUGUUCUGGCAGCAGUGUGAAAGGUAAGGGUUAGGGCUGAACACUGGCUUCAGAAUGUGAAGGAAAUAUGUGAUGCUGUGUGCAGAGUGACUGCAAACAUCGCUGUGGUUUUGUCUCCUGAGAUGGGGCAGGCAUGUCAGGAGCGGGGGAAAAUUUAAAAAAGGAAAACUAUAGCAGGAAGAAUGUAUGGGGAUAAAACACAGUUCUAAAAGAUCACAUGGGCACCAAAAGGUAUGUGAAAGAUUUGAUUGUUCUAGCAAUAUUAACAAAGAGGAAAACAAAAAUUAUACUUAAUAGCUCUUACAAAAUAACUUGUAGCAUCUUGAGGCCUAAUGAUCAUCGCUGUAUAGAGCGAUCCAUUUCUGUGCUAUUUGUGUGCCACACCAUUGAUGUCUGUGAGGAUCAGGCACAACAGUGUGGUUUGGGGAUACAAUUUUGCCGUAAGUUUCAUAGAACUGUAGCAGUAUGUUACACUAGAUUUUUAAGACAAAAGAAUUUAAAACUACUUAUUGUUACUUUUAGUGAUAAUAAAUUGCUGUUAAAGAGA